UUGGAAGGGGGCGGGGAAGAGAAGGAGCUGCCCAGCGCAUGCGUGGUAUGUGUGGCUGGGGAAUUCAUGUGGAGGUCAGAGUGGAAGCAGGUGUGAGUGGGUCCAGCCGAAGGAGACAUGGCUGCCAAGGUGUUUGAGUCCAUCGGCAAGUUUGGCCUUGCCUUAGCUGUUGCAGGAGGAGUAGUGAACUCUGCCUUGUAUAAUGUGGAUGCUGGGCACAGAGCUGUCAUCUUUGACCGGUUCCGUGGAGUCCAGGACAUUGUGGUGGGAGAAGGGACUCACUUUCUCAUCCCCUGGGUACAGAAGCCUAUUAUCUUUGAUUGCCGCUCUCGACCACGUAAUGUGCCAGUGAUCACUGGUAGCAAAGAUUUACAGAAUGUCAACAUCACCCUGCGCAUCCUCUUCCGGCCCGUUGCCAGCCAGCUUCCCCGCAUCUUCACCAGCAUUGGGGAGGACUACGAUGAGCGCGUGCUGCCGUCCAUCACCACAGAGAUCCUCAAGUCCGUUGUGGCUCGCUUUGAUGCUGGCGAACUGAUAACUCAGAGAGAGCUGGUGUCCAGGCAGGUGAGCGAUGACCUUACGGAGCGAGCAGCAACCUUCGGGCUCAUCCUGGACGACGUGUCCUUGACGCAUCUGACCUUCGGGAAGGAGUUCACAGAAGCGGUGGAAGCCAAACAGGUGGCUCAGCAGGAAGCAGAAAGGGCCAGAUUUGUGGUGGAAAAGGCUGAGCAGCAGAAGAAGGCGGCCAUUAUCUCUGCUGAGGGCGACUCCAAGGCCGCCGAGCUGAUUGCCAACUCGCUCGCCACUGCAGGCGACGGCCUCAUUGAGCUGCGCAAGCUGGAGGCCGCAGAGGACAUCGCAUACCAGCUCUCGCGCUCCCGGAACAUCACCUACCUGCCAGCUGGGCAGUCCGUGCUCCUGCAGCUGCCCCAGUGAGGCCCGGCCACCCGGGGCCCAGCCCUGAGCACUCUCCGCACCGCCGUCCCUCUGCCCCCGCCCCAGAAAUCACUGUGAAAUUUCAUGAUUGGCUUAAAGUGAAGGAAAUAAAAGUGAAAUCACUUCAGAUCUCUAAUUAUCAGAUGAAGCUUUUUCAUUCUUCCCAUUUCUGUCCACUUUUUGAUCCACCUCCCUCCCCCAAGUUGCCAAGUGCCUACGCAGCCCGGGGCCCGCUGGCGCUCGGACCUAGGCACCGGCGGUGGUCGGCAGGAGAUCAGCUGGGCUGCGGUGUCGUGGGCCGGGAGCACUGGGAGCCGCCAGUCUGUCCUUAAUGCGAGAUGUGAGGAAGUUGGCACACGCAGCUGUACAGAGAGCACAGGUCUCCAUGUUUCCCAGCGGUUUCUCCAUAGACCCAGCUGAAGAGCUGAUGGGCAGGGUCAGAGAGGAAGUCAUCUGUCUCUUACCAGAAGGCUGAUUCUCUUUAACUGCGGGGCCAGUGGAAGCAGGUGUGAACAGCAGGGCACAGACCGGAGACUCUGCCCUUGGGAAGGUGGGUGGCCCUGACGCACUCCCCAACCAGGGGCCAGCCUCCAGGAUGGACUUGGAGAGCGAGCGAGCAGGCCUGGACAGAGACAUGAGUCCUGUUGAAGACUUCCUCUCCACCCCCAACCUUGGAGUCUCAGAACACCCGACGGAAUUCCAGCUUGAAGGAUCGCAUCCUGCCGAGUCUGAACACGCCUGCCAAAGACGUGUGCGUCCUGCGUUCCUGGCUCUCUCGUUCAGAGACCGCGGCUUCCAGGAGGCUCUGUGUGCUCGGAAGGAAAUGGUCAUGGGAAGAAAACAAAUGUGUGUAAACUGCAGUCAAUAAAUGACACCCAGAACCUUCUA